AUUCCUAGGGUUUAUAUGUUUGUAUGCGAUGCGCGACGAGGUGGAGGAGAAGCAGCACAACGAUCCAUGGAUCAUCCCUCUCCACGGCAGCUACCGGCAUUGGCGACGACGCUCGCGACCGGCGUGCUGCGCCGGGCAAGGAAGAAUCCCUCCCCCCCUCUCCCGGUGAGUUCCUCAAAUCUCUCGACGCCGCCAGCAGCGCCCCUGUCCCGGAUUCUAGGACCUACGCGCGCCUGCUCCAGUCGUGCUGCGAUUCUGGGGACUUGGCACAGGGGCGGAUCGUCCACGCUCACAUCCUGCGCAGCGGCAUUGCUCGCGGCGGCCCUCUCCACGACCAGAUUGUCAGCAUGUAUGCCAAGGCGGGGAGCUUCGACGAGGCAAAGGCGGUGUUCCAGGAGAUCUCUGGCGGCUCGGCGGACGUCAUCUCUUGGACGAGGAUGAUAUCCUUGUGCGCUGGGCUCGGGAAGAACAGUGACGCGCUGGAUUUCUUCCGGAGAAUGCAGCUCCAGGGGGUGGCUCCAGACAGGGUGGCGCUCAUCGCUGCUCUUGGAGCUUGCCAGGAUCCAUCCAGGCUCGCGGCUGGAGUUGGAAUCCAUAGCCGGAUCACCGAGGCUGGACUCCAGGGUGACAUAGUCAUCAGCAACGCUCUCGUCAACAUGUAUGGGAAGUGUGGAGCUCUCGAGAGCGCUUGUGAGAUCUUUCACGGGGUUCCACGGAACGAUGCUAUCUCCUGGAAUGGGAUGAUAUCGCUCUACGCUCAGGAUGGCCACUCCAGGGAGGAAGCUCUGGAGCUCUUUCGACGCAUGCACGGAGAGGGGCUGACUCCGAACAAGGUGACUUUCCUAGCGAUUCUCAGCGCGGUUUCUGGAGCUCGGGGGCUCGAAGAAGGGAGGAAGAUCCACACUCAGGUCGUGGAGAGUGGCUACAGCGGCGAGCUCUCGGUCGGCAACGCGCUCAUCGACAUGUACAGCAAGUGUGGCAGCCUGGAGGACGCUCGGAAAACUUUCGCGGGCAUGGACGAGAAGAACGUCGUCUCCUGGACUGCUCUCAUUGCCGCGUUUGUGGAGCAUGGCUGCUACGACGAGGCUCUUGUCCUCUCGAAGAGAAUGCUGCAAGGCGGGACCACUCCCAACCGGGUUAGCUUUGUGACGAUGCUCGACGCCUGCGCUGCGGUGAACGCCUUCUCAACGAGCUCGCCAGAGGCAGUGGCCGGGGACUUGAAGGAGACCAGGGCGAUCCACGGGUUGAUCGUCGAGAGUGGAGUGGAGCUGGAGUUUGCGGUCGCCACUGCUCUCGUGUACAUAUACAGCAAGUGCCGGUGCUUGGAGGCCGGUCGAGAAGUGUUUAGCAGGGUGGAGAAGCCCGACUUGGUUCUCUGGACGGCGAUGAUAGCAGCCUACGCUGGGCAUGGGGAUUACAAGGAAGCCUUCGAGCUCUUCCAGCAAAUGCAGGACCAGGGGCUCAAGCCGGACAAGGUUGUGUUCUUGAGCAUUCUCAACGGGUGCGCAACUCCUCUGGCACUGGCUUAUGGAAAGCUGGCACACGCUCAGAUCAUCAAGCACGGCUACGAGAGCUUGGUGUCCAUCGGAAACGCGAUCGUCCACAUGUAUGGGAAAUGCGGCAACGUCGCGGACGCUCGCAAGAUGUUUGACAAGAUGAAGGAGAGGGACACAGUCUCGUGGACGACGAUGAUCGCGGUCUACGCGGAGCACGGCUACGACAGGGAAGCUCUCCAGAUCUUCAAGGUGAUGCUGCUGGAGAGCGUGGCUCCGGACAAAGUCACGCUCAUCAACGUGCUCGAUGCGUGCUCCAACGUCUCGGGACUGGCCCAAGGCAGGCUCGUCUACAAGCAGUUCGUGGAGAGUGGAGCUCACGAGCUAGAUUUGGUGCUCGGGAAUGCCGUCGCCCGCAUGUUUGGAAGCUGCGGAAGCCUGCGAGAAGCGAGGGAGAUCUUCGAGUCACUGGCUGCUCGAGACGUGGUCUCGUGGAACUGCCUGAUCACAGCUUACGCGCAGCAUGGAUCCUUUGAGGAGAGCCUCCGGCUGUUCAGAAGGAUGCUCGAGGAGUGCGUCAAGCCGGACGAAGUCACGUUUGUGGGAGUUCUCUCCGCAUGUAGCCACGGCGGUCUCGUGGCCGACGGCUGCCAGUUCUUCGUCUCCAUGGUGCAAGACUACCAGAUCCCAGCCGAGGAGAUUCACUACGGCUGCAUGGUCGAUCUCCUCGGACGAGCAGGACGCCUGGCCGAGGCGGAGGAACUCCUUUCCAGGCUGCCUUGCGCAGCAACGAACGACGUUAUGUGGACGUCGCUGCUCAGCUCUUGCAAGCUUCACUCGGAUCUGGAUCGUGGGAAGCGUGCGGCGAAGAAGCUCCUGGCCAUGGUUCCCGGCGAUCCCUCGCACUUGCUAGCUCUGGCCACUAUCCAUGCCGCGAGUGGGGAGUGGAAGGAAGCGAUGAGGAUCAGAAAGGAAGUGAUGGAGCGAUGCUCUGGAGCAGCGAGAGGAGGUGCUGGUGGCAUGAGCAGGAUCGAAGUGAACGGCCAGGUGCACAAGUUUGUGGUUUAAUCGACAAACUUGCACAGCGGCUAAGCCAGCUUAUUUUCUAGAUAAUAUUAAUUUGCAUUUUUUAUUUAAUGAUGAAAUAAUAGUUAUUAAACU